AUGGUGUCGAAGCGAUGGGCCUCGCUGCUGCCCAUCGUGCGCAUCAGCGCUCCUGCCGACUCUCCACCGCGUCGAGAGGACUAUUACCGUCACGACGACUCGCCGCUUCCCGUCCCCACGCUCUCCGCGCCCGCGCUCCUCCGCACUCUGUCCCGCGCGCCGAGCGUGACUUCUCUCACGCUGGGCGAUGGCGCCGUUGAUUUCUACGACCACGACUUUCUUACCUCGCUGCUCGCCGCCUGUCCCAAGCUCACCUGCUUGAGCCUCGGCGAGCCUCGUUUCACCGCCGCACCGCCGCCCUUCACCAUCAGCCUCGCGUCGCUCGACUCAUUCUUCCGCGCUGCAGCGCCGCAGUUACAGGAGCUCGCGCUGCUGCUUCCUAUCGAGGCCCCGAAGCUUCCUGAUUCCAUCACAUCGCUGUCGUCGCUGCGCGUGCUUCGCCUCCGCUCCAUCAAGAUCCAACACCUCCCGGACGGACUGUGCCAUCUGCCCGCGCUCCAGGAACUGCAGUUCAGCUGUUCGAUGCUGUGGACUGUGCCCGAGGACUUCGGGCAGCUGAAAGCUUUGACUCACCUCUCCAUCGUCGACAGCAUGAACAGCGCGCGCAGCCUGCCCGAUUCUCUGGGCGACCUCUCGUCGCUCACCUCGCUCUGCAUAACCUUCUCGUGCGGGCGACUCCCGGAUAGCAUCACCGCGCUGCAGCAGCUGCGGCGCCUGGAGCUGCGACGCUACGACAGCUGCGACUGGCCAGACGGGUGCGAAGCGUGGACGAGGCUGGAAGAGGUUUCGCUCGAGAAAUGCAGCGUGCGCUCUUUCCCGCCUGCGUGGUUGAAAACCCUAAAGCGCCUCACUGUUCGCUCCUGCGAUAAUUUGAAGUCUCUCCCCAUAGACGACGUCGUUCGGGACUCACCGCUGCGCCACUUGACUUUCGAGGGACGCCUGUACCCUUUACCGCUCCACCCUCUCAGUCAACUGACGUCCCUCCAACGACUCAAGGUCUCGGUUAUUGAUCUUUUCCGUCGCUUCACUACUGGGGAUGAGGCAUUUCCCGUGGGCUUGUUCGCGUUGCCGUCGCUGGCGCACGUGAGCGUGGACAGGGUGGCGUGGGUGGAGCAGGGCAACGCGCCCAAAGGGGUGACUAUUGAGGGGUCGUUUUCCUCUCUUCCAGACACUCUUGGCGGCCUGACCUCCCUGCAAGAAGCAUUUCUGAAGUCUCCAGUCCUUGCCAGCCUGCCUCCCUCCUUCUGCCUCCUCUCUCACCUCCACACACUCACCAUCACCAGCAGCAACUGUCUUGUCACCCUGCCCGCUGAUUUCGGCUCCCUAGGCGCCCUCCAACGCCUCUCCAUCCACUCUUGCUCUCGCGUGCACAGCCUUCCCGACUCCUUCUCCUCGCUUGCCUCCCUCGUCCACCUCGCCAUCACAAACUGUCCCAAGCUUUCCACCCUCCCUCAUGGCUUUGGCUCGCUGAGCCGACUGGCCCGGCUGACCAUCACCUACUGUGACUCCUUCACUCACCUGCCCGCCUCCUUCCCCUGCCUGCCGUCCCUCCGUGUGGCCAGCUUCAGCUGCUGCCCGCGCCUGCAGUCCCUGCCUGCAGGCAUGGGCCUGCUGCCGCGCCUGGAGGUGCUGCAUCUGCGCGGAUGUGCGUCGCUCACGAAUCUGCCGCAGUCGCUCAGGCAGGCCAGGGCGCUCAGGCAUGUCGAUGUGACUGACAGUGGGGUAGCUGAGGAGGGGGGUCGGGAGGAUUGGUGUGGAACAGGAGUAUAUAUUGAAUGGGGGCGCCCCGGCAGACUCCCCACGAUGUGGCGAUUGUUGAGGUAG